AUGGCCUCCGCUAGCAGGCCGGAGAAGAAGGAAGAAAGGAGCGAUAUGGUCGAAAGUGCAGUGGCACAGUGCAAGAUUAUUUGCGGACAGGCAUCACUUCACCCAACGGAGAAGUAUGCGGAGAUGAGCGAGCACACGCACGACUCGAGCCUUCUCAAGAAUGAGGUGAACGCUGCAACACCGACGACCGAUACCACAAAUUCCGAAGAAACAGGCCCAUCGAUGUUCUCGAUGACCCUUCCCCCAAACUGCCCGUCGAUCAUUCACUCCGCCACCCCGCUCGUUGACCGCAAAAGCGUCUUUGUCGCCCACGUCGCCCGCAUCACGCAGCCUUCGCAAGUCUCACUAAUACUCGGAGCCCUGCUAACGAACAAGCGCAUCAGACGCGCCACACACAACAGCUCCGCUUAUCGCGUCGUGGAAGCCGACGGGAACAUCAAAGAAGGGUGUGAUGAUGACGGGGAGACGGCGGCGGGUGCCCGGCUGCUGCAUCUGAUGAAAGCGCUAGAGGUGAAGAAUGCGAUGGUAGUUGUGACGAGAUGGUACGGUGGUGUGAAAUUGGGCGCUGCGAGGUUCAAAUGUAUCAACAACUGUGCGAAGGAUUUGUUGGAGGCCGAGGGGUUCGGCUCAACCCACCGUGGCUCGAAGCGACAAAAAGGGCGCGGCUGA